CUGGGUGUUGCGUGUUUGCAGUUUCCGUUUGCCAUUUUGAGGCGCGAGCAGUGCGUGUGUCGGUGACUCUGUGUGGACGGUGGUGCUGUGUAACUGGAGCGGUGUGCAGGGUUUUUCUUAGCUGAGGGCAUGGCGAGCCAAAGGAUUACACGGGAUACUUUUGAUGCUUUAGUUCAAGAAAAGAUGAAGAGAUAUAGAGUAAGCAUGGACCAAGCCAUCUCUGAUACCGUAGACGAGUUCCAUUUGGAGGGGCCAUUAAAGACAAGAAUGUCAAGGGAUACUUAUGAAUCUCUGCAGAGAGAGAGACAAAGAUAUUCACUUUCUGAUCCGCCUCAGGACUCUUUGAGUAGAAAUAGGAAUGCUGACGAAAGAGACCGGAUUUUAAAUGAGUCGUACACUCGUGAAUUAGACAGGGAAACCACAGUUGGAAGACUUUCAGAUUCGUUUUUAGAGAGAUGGAGUUCUGCUGAUUUGCUUUUAAAAGAGAAGUUAUAUCAAGAAGCAUUAAAUGCUUCAAACCGCCGGCUCAGUGAAUCUGAUAAACUACGGUCUUUGGAACGUAAUGAUUUGAAUCUUGGUCGCAGAGAUUGGGAGCUUGAGCGUGACAUUUUUCGUGAGCCAGAACUGUACAGAGAAUUCCGUUCCACUCAAAGUGCAGAGCUAGGUCAUGGGAAAGGUACGUUCAGGUCACAGGGACAAAUGCCCCAAAAACAAACACACGGAAGAAUACAGAACCCAGUGGGGAAAGGACCAGUAGGAGCUCAAUUUAAGAGUGGUGGUAAAGCCAACACUAAAGAGCAAGCUUCUAAUAAGUCAGGUAACUUUGACAGCAACAACCCAUCAUUGAAGUUCAGCGAGCAAAUACUAAAGUGGUCCAAAUUUUACACUAAGGAACUUGGGUCUGACCUUCUAUACCAACACACUGCCCUUUUCAAGGUAGAAACUGUAACUUGUAAGAUGGCUGUGGAUUGUUUCAAAGGCUCCAUGACUUUGCAUCACAGAAAGCGGUGUUUUUCUGAUGUUAAGAAUCUCAGUCAUCCUGCUUUGAAGAAUCCCAGAGUAGAUAAUGAUUUGUUGGAUUUGUUAGUUCAAACAAAAACAGUGUCUGUCAAAAAUGACUUUUUUGAAGCGAUCAAGCCCCUUGACAAGGAGAUGAUUUUUAUUCAGCAGCAUUUGCUUAAGUGUGUGACUCCAUCUCUGAUAGCCUGUAACACCUUUGAGCUGAAGAAUGCUGUGCUUACAGAUCCACGACAAGUACUUGAGGCUCUGAAGAAAACUAUAUUUUUGUGCCGGAAAACUAUUGUGCUUAUAGGACAAACAUUUGCCAUGAUUACCGCUGUAAGACAGAAUAACAUUUUGGAAACAUUGGGAAUCAGCCAAACAGAAUUGACACCUUCAGCUUAUCCAAAUUUCACUAACUCCUUUCUAUUUGGAAUGGAAUUCAUGUCACAGCUCAAAGGCUGGCUUGGUAAGAGUGGCAACAAGUUAACAUUAAAAUCCAGACAUGAACCUACUGGGGAAACGUCUGCAGAUAAAGAAAAAGCACUGAAGACUGCAGAUAAAGAAAAAGCACUGAAGACUGCAGAUAAAGAAAAAGCACUGAAGACUGCAGAUAAAGAAAAAGCACUGAAGACUGCAGAUAAAGAAAAAGCACUGAAGACUGAUGCAGAGAGUCAAGAAGGAAAAGCAGCUGACCCAAAGGAUAUUGCAACAAUUGACCAGCUUCUGGAGCAUGCAAAAAAAGGAGAUAAGAUAGGAGGAGAAAAGCCUGCAUUUUGGUGGUUGUUUGAUAAGAACAGCAAUGAAUAUAAAUAUUAUCAGCAAAAGUUUGAGGAGUAUCAGGAAACCACAGGCCAAAUGUGUAUAAAGAACACGCAUUUAAAAACAGCGAAGAAAUCCCCUGAAGAACUGGCUUGUGAGUCUGUGAGGGCUAUGCUGUAUGCCAGGAAGGCCCAGUCCUUGAAGAAGAGGCUCUUCAAAUGUGUGGUAUAUUCAAGGAAACAAAAGCUGAUCAAAGCUAGAAGACAGCGCUCCAAAAAAGCUGUUGUAAAGGUAGAGGAGGUUACCCAGGACGUAAAACAAGAGACUGCUAACGAAUCGACACCCGAGGCCUCUGCUUGUAAAGAAGUUGUAUUAGAGAAAACACCAGACAAAUGUUCUGCUACUUCUGAAACUGAGCCUGAUAAACUGUUAACUAAUAUUAAAGAAUCGUCUACAGACAAGUCUUUGGAUGUUGAUGAGAAGACCCAGAAUACUGCUAUAAAACUGGCUCAGUUUGUUGUUCAGAUGGGUCCAGAAAUAGAACAAUUCAGUAUGGAAAACAGCAUAAACAACCCAGAAUUUUGGUUUUUACGUGACAAAGAUAGCCCAGCUUACAUUUUUUAUAAGAGCAAACUGGAGGAGCUCAAGCAAGCAGAAGAGAAGAUGACUUCUGAUGAUGAGGAGGGUGGAGAUCUUCAGGACGUAAGGCAGGAAGAUGUGGAAAUGGAGGCAGAGUUUGAAGCGGCAGUGGCUCCAGAGGGAGCAGCUGCACUUGACAAAAUGGCCACGUCGGCUCGACCUCCCCCGAUAGCGCGUAAGAGAGUAGCAAAACUAAAGGUUGGCAUGCUUGCGCCCAAAAGGGUGUGCCUUGUGGACGAGCCAAAAAUACAUGAUCCAGUACCUAUUGAAUAUGACCGUCCCCGAGGACGUGGCUACAACAGAAAAAAGAAACCAGUGGACUUAGAGUUUGCCAAUAAGAAGAUAACGCAGCAGAAUGUGGGUUUUCAAAUGCUGAGUAAAAUGGGCUGGCAAGAAGGUCAAGGACUUGGAUCUGGUGGAUCAGGGAUCAAAAAUCCCAUAAAAGUGGGCUCUGUCUCUGCUGGGGAGGGCCUAGGUGUUAAAGUAAGAGAGACAACAGAAUCCACAAGUGACAACUAUGAUGCUUUUCGGCAAAGAAUGAUGCAUAUUUACAAGAAGAAAAUCACAAAGUAAUUAGGAACCCAGAAGACUACAGUAAUCCAGGAUUCAUUUUUUCAAUAUGUUCUGGGUCUUAUUAUGUGACCCCUUAACUUUGUAUUCAGACUGAAAUGAACAGCAUCUGCAUGAACAUCCAAGCAGUCCAUGUAAUUGUACAGUAAAGUCUGAGGUUAUUUUCAUGUGUAUUGGAAGAUACUUUUUAAAGUCAAGAAAGUGUCUUCCAAUUCUGUUGCACAUAAUUAGUUUGGACAGCUGAACACACUUUUUUUUUUUUUUUUUUUUUUUUUUCUUUAAGAAAAGUUUGUUAGCUGCUAAAGAGUUGUAGGACUUUUGGUUUUUAUCAGACAUAUAGUUCAGCCUUUUAAAUAUGUUACUGUCAGGUGUUUAGUAAGCAGGUUCUGUUUGUUUUAGUUGUAGGUGCAUUACUGUUCACAAAGUGUGUUUUUUUUUGUGUUUUUUUUACAUUCAGAAGUUGUGUAAACUUGUGAUAUGUUUGCAGGCCAAGGCCUUUUUUUAUUUUUUGUGUAAAAACAUUUUAUAGAAGUCUUCAGAGCGGGGUGUGAUACAGAAUCCCGGCGGUCGGGAUGCUGGUGGACACCGGCAUCCCGACAAUUAGAAUGCAGACAGGAGACGGGAUAAUUAUUUUACCCCUAACCUGCCUGGUGUGGCGGCUAGGGUUGCGAUAGCGGGAGUUGCGACUAGAGCUAAGACUCCAAUGUGGGGAAAGUGGUACUUACGGCUAACCCCCUCCUCUAGUACCUAACCCUAAUGCUAACUGCAUCCCUUCAGAGCAAAUGCUAAACAUAAGAAAGGUAACAUCUGAUUGAAUGCGUGGAAGACUGGAAAGUCUGUUGCAUCUCAAUACUUUAAAGGGAAUGUUGUAGCAUAUACUUUAAUUGUCAUGCUUGGCCCCCAAGCAAGAACAUUUUCUAAUAUUCUUGUAUAAUAUUUACCUGUUCCCACUACAUUAUCAAUACUCAUCAUGGCCUGCACAGAAUUCUCUAGCAGUGUGAACUGUCAAAAAAUGGCAGCUAUCAAAGUUUACUUGUCAGCAGCAGAAAGUCAUUCUUUGCAUAGCUAAUAUCUUGUUUGAACAGAGGGAAACUGUAAUAGUCAAUAAGCAAGUCUCUGGAAAUACUGGGUAAGUAAUUUAUACUUGUGUGUUAAAAAAUGUUUUUUUGAGUGCAGCAUGUUAAAAAUAUGUUAAUGGGUAUCUUGCUUAGUUUAAAUUGCAUUAAAAAAAGGAAAAGCUUCUUAAAUAAAAGAAUGUUUAAAUAAAA